ACUGCGGUAGGAUCAAUAAAUAAAAUCAGAUCAUCCAACCAGAGUUGUAACUUGUUAUAAUUGGAAUUUAUUCCUUCUAGAAAUAAUUUGACUGUAGGGCAAGAUGCAAAGCACAACUAUAGUUAAAUGAAAUAUGGAUCUGGCCCAAUUAAUUAAGAAUUUUAUUUAAAAGAAUCCACCGAACCAAGAGUUGUAAUAACGAUUGCAAUUUAAAUGAAUUUAUACCUAAAUAACUUGACUGUAGGGCAAGAUGGGUGGCUCAGUCGAGGCAGCCAAGGAAGGUGGGUGGCUCAAGAAUUUUAUUACUGAGCUUGGAGUGGUUCCUAGCAUCAAGAACCUUAUACCGUUGUUUUGCGACAACAAUGAGGAAAUUGCACAAGCGAAAGAACCUCGGUCUCACCAGAAGACCAAACACAUCGUUAGACGUUAUCACAUCAUACGAGAAAUCGUUGCACGUGGGGACGUUGAGAUUUGCAAGAUAGAGGGGCUUAAAAUAUUCAGUAAGGGUCUAUCUGAAUUAUUGAGAAACUCAAAGGAAUUAAAUAAUCACCUGCCAAAGCCACUGCCAAUUCAAGAAGGUCUUGGGCUGGUUAAAAUUUGCAAGGAUGAGGGGUGGAGAUGCUAUAAUGGAGUUCCUUCUGCUACUAUAUGUGAUGAAGAACAGAUUAAUACUGAAAGUAGGGUAAUUGUUGACCUCACUAUGGAGAAAGAGAUGGAAAGUUUGCAAAGGCACACUCCAUUGGCAGAGGUUCCUUUAAACCAGGGAUGUCUGGAUAUUUUUCAUCAAGUUAUCAAAGAUAACAUGAACCUCUUUAGGAAAUCAAUUGCUUGCAAACAGUUUUUGGAUGCUCUCAAUAAAGGACAGAUCCUCAACUACUCAGAGGAAGUCGUUAGGGUUACUAGAGAAGCAAUCAAAAGCUUUGAGUAUAUUGAUGCAGCAACAAUGGAAGGUGCAAGUCAUUCCAUCAACCUGCGGUAUAUCCUCGAGAGCCAAAAACUCUCUGGGGAAAACUUUCUUGACUGGGAGAAGAACCUACAAAUCGUUCUUGACUGUGAGAGGAAACUUUACACCCUCAAAACGGAUCCUCCCAAGACCCCUAAGGCAAAUGCUCGUGCGUCCGAACUCACUUCCUUCAAGAAGUAUGAGGACGACGCGCGAGAUGUUAAGUGUAUCAUUAUGGCAAGUAUGACCGCGGAGCUCCAAAGGCUCCACGCGGACAUGGAAGCGCGUCCUAUGAUACAUCACUUAAGAGACCUAUUACAGGGUCACCCCAAAAACUCGGGUAUUUACGUUAUUGAAGUCAACAUGUCUGAUUUCACCUCUUGGGUGAUGGAUACUGGAUGUGGUUCUCACAUCUGUACUUCUAUGCAGAAUUUGCAUGAAGUUAGACAUUUGACUGAGGGAGAAGUCCAGCUUAAGGUCGGAAAUGGAGCACUUGUCAAUGCGCUGGCUGUAGGAACUUAUGUUCUAUCUCUCCCCAGUGGCUUGUUGUUGCAUUUAAACAAUUGCUUGUUUGUACCUCCCAUUAGCAGGAAUAUCAUUUCUGUGUCCUGUCUUGACAAAGCAGGAUUUUCUAUUAACGUCAAAGACAAGUGCCUUUCGGUGUCCAGAAAUGAUAUUUACUAUGCAACUGCUAAGAUGACCAAUGGUCUUUAUAUCUUAGACUUAGACGCCACUGUUUAUAACGUAGAUGUUAAGAGAAGCAAACCAAACAGUUUGAAUCUCACAUACCUUUGGCAUUGUCAUUUGGGCCACAUUAACGAGAAACGCAUAUCUAAGUUACGUCACUCUUGCGUACUUGAUUCAUUUGACCUCGAGUCUUAUGAUGUAUGCCAAUCUUGUUUACUCGCUAGAGGUGGUUUCUCAUACUUCGUAACAUUUACUGAUGACCUCAGUCGGUAUGGAUAUGUGUAUCUCAUGAAACACAAAUCGGAAUGCUUUGACAAGUACAAAGAAUUCAGAAACGAAGUAGAGAAACAAUUAGGCAAAAGUAUCAAGACCCUCCGCUCGGAUCGAGGAGGUGAGUACUUAAGCCUGGAGUUCGACGACUAUCUAAAAGAGCACGGGAUCCUAUCCCAGCUGACUCCUCCCGCAUUAUUAACUGCCGCACACACACUCAAUCGCGUACCAUCUAAGGCUGUUGAGAGCACACCAUACGAGCUAUGGCGUGGGACAAAACCAAAUUUGUCGUACUUGAUGAUUUGGGGUUGUGAUGUUUACGUUAGACGCCUCAUGACGUCUGGUAAGCUGGAUUCCAAAUCUGACAGGUGUAAAUUUGUGGGAUACCCUAAGGAAACAAAAGGGUAUGAGUUCUAUCAUCCGACCGAUAACAAAAUCUUUGUUGCUCGACACGGAACCUUCCUUGAGAAGGAGUUUCUCUCUGCUAUUUCUAGUGGGAGAAAGGUAGACCUCGAAGAAAUUCGAGAACCACAAGAAGAGAUCUCAAUAGCAGUGGAACCCGAGCGUCAAGAUUUAGUAUCUCGACCGGGUCAGGUUUUACCAUGUAGGUCAGACCGGAUGCGUAAUCCUUCGGUUAGAUACGGCUUCCUUGUAUCUGAUGAAGGUGACGUCUUGCUGGUAGACCAAGGCAAACCUGAGACCUACCUCGAGGCAAUCACGUGCCCCGAAUCCGAACAAUGGCUUAAUGCCAUGAAAUCCGAAAUGGAGUCUAUGUACGCAAACCAAGAUGCAUUCCUGGUAUAUGGUGGUGAGGAAAAGCUGAAAGUGAUCGGUUACACUGAUGCGAGCUUCCAAACCGAUCGAGACGAUUACAAGUCACAAGCAGGGUAUGUGUUUUGCCUGAAUGGCGGAGCUUUUAGCUGGAAGAGUUCUAAACAGGACACAACCGCCGAUUCAACUACAGAGGCUGAGUACAUGGCUGCUGCUGAAGCAGCAAAGGAAGGUGUUUGGAUAAAGAAGUUCAUUUCUGAACUUGGAGUGGUUCCUAGCAUUAAUGACCCAAUCCCGUUGUUUUGCGACAACACUGGGGCCAUUGCACAAGCAAAGGAACCACGAUCUCACCACCAAAAGACCAAGCACAUUAUACGACGUUAUCACAUCAUACGAGAAAUCGUAUACAGAGGUGAUAUAGAGAUUUGCAAAGUAGAAACAGACGACAACAUAGCCGACCCCCUGACCAAGCCCUUGGGAAAGCUAAAGCAUGAGGGUCACACUAGGUCAAUGGGCAUUCGACCGAUGACAGAUUGGCCAUAGUGCAAGUGGGAGAUUGUUGGAGUUCGUGCCCUUAUGGCCAACUGCUAAUGUAAUAUCUUAGAUAUUUUCUAUCAUGUAAAGGCAGAUGCAUUAAGUUUACAAACAUCUCAUGCUAAUGUAAACUCUUAAUUGCAUUCCUAGAAUUAUAUUAUAAGAUGUUUAUCAGAAUGAGUCUUCUGAUGUUGAGACUGACAUCUUGUCACUUAGUAUAAUUCUGAACGGUCUAUAGUCGAAGCAUUAACGAAAGCAAGAUAUCGUUAAUGCGUGUGAGACUAGUGAGAGUUAGAUGUUUGACCUAGUCUCUUGGUCAAAUGACGGAGUGUUCGCAUCUACUCUCGGGCAGAUAUUAUCGUUAAUAAUAGGAUGCCAGACCU